AAUGUUAUAAGAUGAGAUCAUGAAGCCUUCUUUUAGGUUAUCUGACUUAUUCAAAUUUGAAGACUAAAAUCUCUAUAUAGACUCACCAACCAAGAGAAAAUCUUUAGCUCCUCCUAAACCACUCUAAAAAUACAUAUUUGAUAUUACUAAUGGAGCUUUUUAAUUCACUAUUACAGAAUUUACAUAAAGCAUUAAAAAAGAAAGAGUACCUAUUUAAAAAAAUCUUCUCAAAAAAAUUAAUCAAUAUGUAGAAAAUGAAUGCUAACAACUGCAAAAUCAACAAGUAGAAAAAAGAAUUUAAUUGAAAAUAAUUGAAGAUCUUAAUUUAUUAGUUUUUGCAUUAUGUCACAUUUCUAAACCAAUUGUUGAUUUCUUAGAAAAUCAUUUCAUUGAUUAUGCUGAAGAAUUGUAAAUUACUAUUUGGGAAGUUAAUCUCUAACUAUUUUAACCUAAAAUUGUAGAACUCAUCAAGAAAUAUAUAGCUUCAAGUAUGAAUGUUGUUUCUGGUAAUUUGUAUUCUCAAUUACUUGAACUAUCCCAUUAAUUAUUAUGCAACUUAUCAUAUGAAGUUAGUGAUCAAAUUUGCUUAAUUUUAGAGGAAUGUCGAGGUUAUAUAGAGCCAUUUAUUGCUAAAUUUCGAGAAAGAGUAAUAUUUUUUAAUAAUAUAGAAUAUCCCAUAAAUAUUAUUAAAUAAAUACACUAUAUUAGCAUUAUUUUAAGAAUUAAGUUAAAGUUGCUAUUAGACAAUCUAAGAUCUCUUAGAAUUUACACUUUUUCAUUAUGCUGAACCUGAUGUAGUUGAAAAAUUUAUGAAAUAUGCUAUAGAAAAUUAUGACACAUUAAUACUGAAAAACAAAAUUUUAUCUAAUUAAACUUUAUAGAAUGAAAAUAUUAAUAAAGAAACAGUUGAAUAGGUGUUAGAUUCUCUUUAAUAAUGUAUCACAAAUAAAAGUAAGUCAAUUGCUGUGUAUAAAAUAUAAUGUAGAUAAAAACUGUAAAAGUAACAAAGUGAAGAUGAUGAAGAUUAAUGUACUUUAUCGACAGAUAUUAAAUCUUUUAAAAUUUAAUAGGAAACAAGAUAAUAUUUGAAUGGAUUAUACUUAGAGAGUGAGGAUCCUUAAUCAAAAUUUAUAAUUUAUGUAGUGAAUGAUAAAUUUAAAGUGAUUUAUGCUCCUUUAGUUAGUAAAAGAUGGGCAUUUUAGAAAGUAAGUUGAUUGAUUAAUAAUAUUAAGACAUUUGUGAUAGAUUAAUAAGAUAAGGAUGGAUUCUUUAGAAAAGAUUCUAAAAGAAAAUCAGGUUGGGGAGUAUACCCAGUAAAAUUUAAAUCAAUGAAAGAAAUGAUUGAGUCUAAUUGGGUUAAUGAAUAAUUGGGUUUAAUGAUAUUAAAUAAAUACUAAGAGGAUGUGUACUAAUUAAGAAGAAAGGUUGAAGGAGAAAUGGAUACAAUGUUUGGAUCAUUUUUAGCAAAUGUUAGUAAAAAUAAGUAUUAGAAAAUUUUAUUAAUAGAGAAUUUUUAUAUAAUUUUGGUGAAAAUGCAGUGAAUAAUGGAUGUAUGUAAUAAUUGGUAGUUUACAUGCCUUUAUUAAAAGAUUUUUUGAAUUUAGGAGGAUUUGGAGCUUAAGCAUUACUGACAAGUUAAGAAAUAUAUACUCCUUAAAGGACAUUUACUUCAACAUUAGCAAUAUCAACAUCUUUAGUAUCAGGAGCAAUAAUUGGAUAAGCGUUAAUACCAAUACCAUUAGUAGGAGGAAUAGUAGGAGGAAUUAUAGGAGGAUAUUUAGGGAAUAAGGGAAUGACAAAUUAUACAAAGAGUAGAAAUGAGAAAAAGGCAUAAGAAAUGGUAUAAAAAUUAUAACAAAAUUAAUAAUAAGAUGGACAUUGGGAAUGUAAUAAAAUCAAUUUGGAGAUUAUGGUUAUAAAUUUUAAAAUAUUAAAUGAUCAUAUGCCAAAGAUUUUAAGUGAUGAUAAUGACAAAUAGACAAAAUGGUUGAAUUUAGUGAUAUUUGGAGUAGUGGGUUUGUUCUUUAAUUCGAAUGAAAUGGCGGGAGAGUGGCAAGAAUGUUUAGAAUGUCUACUAAAAUAUAUACAAAUAGAGAAAAUAUAAUUGGCAGAUACUCUUGAAAAUUUAAAAUAGAUAGUUGAAGUCAUAGUAAAAAAUCUUUGA